AAACGCACUCGCAUGAUUUUUACCACCACCCACGGGUCUUGUGUCUUGUCUUUAUAUCGCGUGUGUCGACUCGAUUGCUGUAUUAUAGCUAUGUUAUAGUUGCGGACUUACUGUGCUACUGCUUUUCCGUAGAUCUACCUUACUUUGCAUUUUACUUCAGUGUCAAGACCUCAUUGGAUUGUGUGAUACGAGAGACACCAGAAAGACGAGCACGAGCUUGAGUCUUCGGUGGCCUGUACUAGGCUGGUACCUACCUCCUAGUAGCUACUAUAGUAGUUCACCUCGAUGUGGCUGACGGUAGCUGUGGGCUACUAGAACUACUAGCUGAAGUGUGAGCCUGACAUACUACUAGCCCAGGCUGUAAUAUAACUACUAUUUUGAAGUCAGUCAAGCAACUAAGAUUCACAGGACUGAAUCAUGGAUUACGUGGAAGGGCAGUUUAGCGAUGCCGAUGAGGAUUCGGAAAGUUCAUAUUUGCCAUGUCGAAAGUUGCCAGUAACUUCUCUCCCAGAUUAUGACGAAGACUGGGAUGAAGAUUACACUGCAAAUAGUGCAACUGUAGAGUGGAAGAACCUGGCCAACAAAGAUGACGAAAUCGCUUAUUCUGAAGACAGCGAUGAUUAUGAAUAUGAUGACUUUGUUGGCGAUGAUUGCAAAGAUCUCACCAAGCAGUAUCACAGUCAAUCUAGAACGAGUACUUGUAAUGCGAAUUGCUCAGUCACAGAAGAUUGAAAAAUUCCAGCCAUCUGAAAAGCUUUUCAAAAAGUAUGAUGGGAAGAUAUGCCUAGAAAAGCUGGAGGGACUGGUUGGAUUUGGUGGCAAUGUUACAAAUAAAAUAUCUGAAAGUCAGCGCCGAGCAGAAAAUGAAAGGCAAAGGGUUCGUGACAAAUCGGAACGUGCAACUGUUGAGCAAGUGUUGGAUCCACGAACGCGUAUGAUAUUAUUCAAGCUUCUGAACAAGGGAACAAUCUCAGAGAUUAAUGGGUGUAUAUCAACGGGUAAGGAAGCCAAUGUGUACCAUGCUACAAAUGCAGAAGGAAAGGAGUUUGCUGUGAAGGUAUACAAAACCUCUGUUCUUACAUUCAAAGCAAGGGACCAAUAUGUUUCAGGGGACCAUAGGUAAGAUUUUUCUUGAUAA